UCUUUUGUAGGGCUAGUUUUAGGCUGUUCUUUACCAAAUGAUUUCUUUGAAGUUGCGAACUGAGGGUUAUCUUUAUUCUGUGGAUUCAUGAUCGCAUUGCUCUCUGGCCAGGAUUAUGCUGGUUUUUGAUGUCAUCUGGGUGACUCAUCCCGUCCAAUGACGUGGGACUAACCAUUUUGGCUGCGAGGUUGAACUCCAACUUCGACUUUAUACUUUCCAUCACCCCAACUUUACAAGAUGAGUACUGCUGCCGCCCUGAAGUAUCUUGUAGUGCCUGCCAAGUCAAAGCAUACUGCAACCGUCUUUUUCUUGCACGGAUUGGGCGACAGCGGGAAUGGAUGGGCACCUGUUGCGAAGAUGCUCCAACCAUUACUUCCACACGUCAAGUGGGUGCUCCCUCAUGCUCCUCAAAAGCCUGUAAGCAUCAAUUUCGGUAUGGCCAUGCCGGCAUGGUACGACAUCCAUCAUCUGGGACCGGGUGGCCGAGAGGAUGAGGCGGGGGUAAUGGAUUCCGUAUCGAAAAUCACGGAACUUAUCAAUGACGAGAUACGAUCAGGAAUCUCUGCAGACAGGAUUGUCCUUGGAGGAUUUUCUCAAGGAGCGGCAGUAUCGAUCGUCUACAGUCUGACCAGUAAUACUAGACUUGCUGGCUUUACCUGCUUGAGUGGAUACUUACCAUUGACGACCAAUAUUGACAAGCUUACUAAUUCAACAAACAAGGGGACCCCCAUGUUGAUGUGUCAUGGAGAUGCAGAUGAAGUGGUAGCUUACCAGUGGGGAAAGAUGACAUACGAUAAACUCAAAGAGCUGGAUAGAAAGGUUGAAUUUAAAACAUAUCGCGGGAUGGGUCAUUCAAGUUCGAAUGAUGAAGUCAAGGAUGUCGCAGAGUUUUUGAAAGAGCUUUUGCCUUAAAGAUGAAAGCAAACACUGAACCUGUAGUAGACGUGAUCACUCGCACCUCGCGUGCCGUUUGAAGUUCACUUAUAGAUUGUAGCGUCAGCACAGGAAGGUUCCUGUGACCGAUUGUUGAGGUCAAAGUGCUUUGAAGGGAUCCGUGCAUUUGGGUGCUUGUUGUAGGACCAAUAUAAACUGUUAGAUGGGAAGGUUGGGGUUAAUUUGUGUUUUGACUUCUUUACGAGAAAAGAGCGGGUUUCUCGUUAAAUUCAGAAAAUAGACCAAAUAAAAUAAUAAAUAACCCUAAAGGUUCA